CUAAAAGAAGACAGUCCUCGCAUAUUUGGUGCCAGCUUUUCAGCUUUCUCUUGACAUAUUAAAACUCCAGACUUCCUGCCCUCUUAGCGCCAUGGAGAAAGUUCAGUACCUCACUCGUUCUGCCAUACGAAGAGCCUCAACCAUUGAAAUGCCUCAGCAAGCAAGGCAGAACCUGCAGAACCUGUUUAUCAACUUCUGUCUCAUCUUAAUAUGUCUCCUGCUGAUCUGCAUCAUUGUGAUGCUACUCUGAAGUUCAGCUCCAGAUCUACAACUCCCCACCAGUGCAAAACCAGCCACCCCACCAAGAGGGAAAACCAACCAACGCCUCUGAAACACAAGAGUUUGUCUCUGAAAAGGCCAAAAUUGAGAGUAAAACAAAUUCUUAGCAAAUGUAUUGAUUGCCAGAUCCUGCACCCAUGAAAAGGGCUUUGUUUUCCAAAAGUAACUUUAAAAUGACUAUAAGAAGUGUGUAUAAUGUAACUGCUGACUGCUUCAACACGGCUUAAGAAAUUUCCAUUCCAAAUUUUUUCUGAGGAUGAAGUAAGAGUUUAAUUUUGAAACAGCACUGCUAGCAAGUUCACUUCAUAUGUAAGACAUUAGCUUCAUUCUGUGGGGUAAAUAUCACUUAUCUUGCACUGUAAAAGCUUCUUUGAUGCUAAGUAUUUCCCAGGUCUCCAUUAAGUACCAAAAUAAUAAUUCAAAUCAAGUGUCAUUACUCACAACA